UUAUAAUGACAUAACUUGAGAUACCAUCAUACAUUUUGCACUAGGACAAAAUUUUUUAUCUCUCUUAAUAUGUUGGUAUGACCAAUUAUUUGUGUACCCACUUUUACAUUUUAAACCCAAAAGCAUCCAAAGCAAAUAGAAGUAUAUACUCAUGGGUAACCUUGCAACUUUCAAAUCCUAAACAUUUCUUGGUUUAGAAAGGAAAGUAGUAAAGAGAUUAUGGGGAAGAAUGGUGGAAGUUCUACUUGGUUAAGUGCUGUAAAAAAGGCAUUUAGGUCUCCUAGUAAAGAUAAGCAGAACAACAGUGAUAAAAGAAGCUGUAGAAGUGAAGAUUCAGAACAACAUGAACAAGAAAAGAGAAGAGGAAAGCGAAGAUGGAAUUUUGGAAAAGCCUUGCACAAUAAGGACCAAAAUAACGGAAAAAAAGCCAUAAAUAAUAAUAAUAAUAAUAAUAAUAAUAAUAAUAAUAAUAUUCGUGCAAGUACAAAUGCUGAUGGUGGAACACCCAUUUUGGAAGUGGAGGAGGAAAAAAGACAUGCAAUCGAGGUUGCAAUAGCGACCGCAGCCGCGGCUGAGGCCGCUGUUGCAACAGCUCAGGCUGCUGUGAAGUUUAUGAGGAUGACUAGGCCGUGCACAUUGUCAAGAGAAACCCAAGCAGCUGUAACUAUUCAGAAAAUCUUCAGAGGAUAUUUGGCCAGAAGAGCACUCAGAGCACUAAAAGGACUGGUAAAACUGCAAGCAUUAGUAAGAGGGCACAAUGUAAGGAAGAGAACAACAUUAACACUGGCCCGAAUGCAAGCCCUUCUUCGAGUUCAAACUCGAGUCUGUGAUGAACGUCGCAGACUUUCAAUCUCACGCGAAGGAAGCCUUAGCUCGAGUUUUUUUACCGACAAAAAUCCCCCGUCAAAAGAAGGAGACUGGGAUGAAAAUCAGAGUUUUGAAAAAGAAAUGGAGUUAAUGUCUAUGUUUGGAAUGACUCAAGAAAGUGGUUGCAAUUUUGAAAGAGAUCUUGCCUGUGCCUUCUCUGAUAAGAUAUGGAAAUCCCACAUGAAGGAAUCAGAAGAAAAUGUAGAUGGUGAUAUGAGAUGGAGGGAAGCAAUUCAAUGGGAAAGACCAGGGAGAUAUUCUUGUGAUCAAAGAACACCCAUCAAAAUACUUCAACUAGACAACACACAUCACAAGCUCUUGUCAAGUUAUCUCAAACUUAGGGAGGAAAAUUCUCACCAACAAACCAAAUCUAAUCUAUAUUCAUCUUACCAAACACCUACUAAUCAAUAUCAACCCAAACUAAAACAUCUACAUGUUCAUUCAGCUAGUCCGAGUUGCUUUAGACAAGACGAACUCAACUAUCUAAAGUCUCAAACACCGCGCUUGGACUCCUCUUAUCGAAACAAUGUUGUAGUUCCAAGUUACAUGGCUGAAACCGCAUCUGCUAAGGCUCGCACCCGAUCGUUAAGUGUGCCUAGAGAACAAAGACCCCCUACACCGGAAAGAGAAGGGAUAGGAAUUCCUAAAAGGCGUUUGUUUUUCGGCUCUUCAGAAGAAGUACCUUCACCGUCUUGCAGAAAUACACCAAGGGUGCAGAGAUAAUCUAAAAGUAAAACAAUUAGUUUCAACUAUAAUUCUUGUAUAUUUGAUGGCUCUUAUUAAGUUGAGUUGAAUUUAUUGUCAAUGUCAAUCUUUAAUUUAUCGAUGUGGGAUAAACCAUCCCAAUAGCUCUAAGCUUAAGAGCUUGCUAGAUAAUUAUUUCAUGGUCUAGGGUUUAGUACUAGGGAGUAUUUGCUACCUAAAUUUUAGGAUGACAAAAAUCUUUACAUGUGAGAAAUUUAAUUAUCAGAUGCUGCAAUUCUCUUAUAAUUCACAGUAUGUAUAAAUUUUAGUUGUACUCGUUAGAAAUAGAGGUAUUUAUUCAAGUCUUUAGGCGGAGUUUAGGAAUAAUAUUUUG